CCCCCUUCUGCCUCACUCGCGAGCACCCUCGCUCGCCUCCUCGACACUGCGCUCCUUUCCCCUCGCCAGACCUGGCCGCGUCCCCACCGCCCCCGACCCCUCCCACUCCUCCCUGGCCGCGUCGACUGCCCGGAUCUCCGCGCCCAGAUCGCCGGGACACCUCCUCCCCUGGAGCAGCUGCCGUCCUCACCGCGCCGGAUUCCUCACUCUCGGAAUCAGGGGCCAGGGGCAGGGUUCGAAUUCGUCUGGGAAGAGCGAAAUCCAGCGAGAAGGUAAAUUCCAGGGAAGCUGCGGUUGUCGGCUUCAAAUGACGGCACCAGCUGCUGGAGUGCUGAAGCCAUAACUGCCUGGUUUGAAACAGACAGGAGAUCGGCGAGGUGGUAAAGUGAGGGGUUUGCUUGGGGAAGUGGGAACCAGUCCACCAGCCAAGUCGAGGCUUAGUGGAUUCCCAGUGAACAGGAACAUACAUGUGAUUGUGAUGGAGGAGGAGAGGAGAGUGGAUGAGUGGAGUACGAUGGUGUGUAACAAGUGGGUUCUCAACUGAGCUGGGUGGAUGCUAUUUGCAGGCUGGUAAAGACAACUAACUUUGUUGAUCCUGUGCGCAAGAAGUAAUGAUCCGGCCCAGCUCCAAGGAGUCACUUAAUUAUGACAACAAUAGCCAGAAAGUUUAUCCUCAACCAAUUGAUGAAAAUAUGAAUCAGAACAUGGGCAGUAUGAUUGGAAGAAUAUUCAACAACAUAUCCUCUUUAAAGGCUGCAUACAUUCAGCUGCAGGAAGCUCACACCCCAUAUGACCCGGACAAGAUACAAACUGCUGAUAAGCUUGUCAUAGAUGAGCUCACGAGCCUUUCAGAACUCAAACAUACUUACAGAGAGAGAAAUCCUAAGCCAGUAGCAGCAUCACCUCAAGAUUCACGCUUGCUUUCUGAAAUACAGGAGCAGCAAAACUUGUUAAAGACGUACGAGGUCAUGGUAAAGAAGUUCCAGUCCCAGAUCCAGAAUAGAGAUACUGAGAUUACCCACUUACAGCAGCAAACCGAUGAGGCCAAACAUCGGAAAACAAAACUGGAGAAGAAAUUGAAGCAAAGGGGCUUACUUAACAAGGAAUCAGAGGAAUCUGAUGAAGAAGAGAGCUAUUUCUCUGUUGAGCUGACACCAAGCUUGUUUACAUCUACUGCUGAUAACGCAUACCAAUCAAUACAUGAGUUCUCAAAGCCCUUGAUCAACAUGAUGAAAGCUGCAGGUUGGGAUCUUGAUGCUGCUGCUAACGCAAUUGAACCUGAUGUAGUUUACACAAGGAGAGCUCACAAGAAGUAUGCAUUUGAGUCUUAUAUCUGCCAGAGAAUCUUCAGUGGUUUCCAUCAAGAGAACUUCUUGAUUGACGCUGCUAAUGCCACUGUUUCCAAUGAGGCUUUCUUCCAUCAAUUCCUUGCAGUACGAGCCAUGGAUCCUUUGGAUGUAUUGAGCCAAAACCCAGAUUCAGUUUUCGGAAAGUUCUGCAGAAGCAAAUACCUACUGCUUGUGCACCCAAAGAUGGAAGGUUCUUUCUUCGGCAACAUGGAUCAGAGAAACUACGUCAUGAGUGGCGGGCAUCCAAGGACACCUUUCUAUCAGGCAUUUCUCAAGUUGGCGAAGUCCAUAUGGUUGUUGCACAGGCUGGCCUACUCUUUCGACCCAAAGGUCAGGGUCUUCCAAGUGAAGAAGGCAAGCGAGUUCUCAGAGAUUCACAUGGAAAGCGUUGUGAAGAACAUCGUCUUGGAUGAGAAUGCCGAGAGGCCUAGAGUCGACUUGAUGGUGAUGCCUGGUUUCUUGAUCGGGACUAGCGUCAUACAGUCUCGAGUGUACCUUUCUGGUGUAAAGUGUGACGACUGAUAAGUGUUAGGGUUGCCUGAGAAGAUUCCGGGCGUCUCACACAUCCUGCAAGAUCAUCGUACGUCUUGUAUGUAAUGCCGCCUCUCCAAAAUGUUAUUCGUAUGAAAUGUGGUAGCAACACCUUUUUCGUAAAAAGCAUAGUAUGCUUUGGUCAUUCGAAGACUGUAAUGUGUGCUUUCUCUGUUUUGUAAUGCAUGUAAAUCCUGUCCCAACGUUUGGUCUACAUAUAAGUUAUGAAAAAUUGUCAAUGUGGCGUGGAUGUACCAUCUAUAUGGUGACUGUACAGCCAUUUGCAAA